CAAUAUAAUUUAUCUUCUUCACCAUUCUUUCAAGCGAUGAUAAUAUUUUCAGUAGGACGAGCAUCUCAUAAUAUUCUCACACAAGUUCUAUUUCGUUUCUCACAAAAAAAAUACGAAAAGGAUUUGGAAAGUCUUCGACAAUCACUAUCAACAAGUGUACCGGUCAAUUCUUAUUCGAUUUUUCAGACGCAACAAUUAAAUAAUGAUCCAUCGAUUGAGAGUUUAGUGAAUUUUCAGUGGAUUUACAAUUACAGUAAGAUGUUUGCUAAAAUAGAAUUAUCUAGAACUCUUUAUUAUUUAAUAUUUCCAAUAAUUUCUUUGACACUCAAUUUACAAUCCAUGAAAAAUACACAUGGACAUGAAGCUAAACUCUUAUUAAAAGGGAUAAUCACUUGUAAUAUAUUUAUUAUUACAAACUCUAUUGUUUAUAUAAUCAAUAUAAGCAACUUCUUUCAUGGGUUAUCUCUCUUAAGAACGGGUGGUGUCAUUCCACUGAACGAUUCGUAA